AUGACGAACAACAGAUACAUAGAAAGAAACCAACAGGAGAGAUCAGAGUCAGAGAUUCUCAGUGGUCAGUCUUCCCAGAGUCAUCAAACAGACCUGGCCUCCAUAUUCAGUUUGCUUGAAGAGAAAAUUAUGACAUUUGUGAAGAACGAGCUGAAGAUGUUCAAGAGGAUUCUUGGUCCAGAACUCCCAGAAGGCUUUGAGAGUCAGAAGCAGGAUAAGGAAGUGGUGGAUGCUGAAGAUGAGAAGCAGGAGAGCAGUGCCAGAGAGGGGGCUCUGAAGAUCACACUGCACAUCCUGAGGAAAAUGAACCAGAAGGAGCUUGCUGACACACUGGAGAAAUAUGAGCUCGCUGUGAUUUGCCAACGUGAACUCAAAUCUAAUCUAAAGAAGAAGUUUCAAUGUGUAUUUGAGGGGAUCGCUAAACAAGGAAACCCAACACUUCUCAAUAAGAUCUACACAGAGCUCUACAUCACAGAGGGUGGAACAGGAGAGGUCAAUAAUGAACAUGAGCUGAGACAGAUUGAGACAACAACCAGGAAACAAGCAAGACCAGAGACUGCAAUCAAAUGUAACGACAUCUUCAAACCCUUAACUGGACAAGACAAACCUAUCAGAACUGUGCUGACAAAGGGAGUCGCUGGCAUUGGAAAAACAGUCUCUGUGCAGAAGUUCAUUCUGGACUGGGCUGAAGGAAAAGCAAAUCAGGAUGUCCAAUUUGUAUUUUCAUUCCCUUUUCGGGAGCUGAAUUUGAUGAAAGAGGACAAACACACUUUCAUUGAACUUCUCAAUCACUUCUCAAUGGAAACCAAACAAUCAAGAAUCUCCAACUACGACAAGUACAAAGUUCUGUUCAUCUUUGAUGGUCUGGAUGAGUGCCGACUGCCCCUAGACUUCCAGAAGAACAAGAUCUGUUGGGACGUCACAGAGUCAACCUCAGUGGAUGUUCUGCUGACAAAUCUCAAAGGAAAUCUGCUUCCCUCUGCUCUCCUCUGGAUAACUACCCGACCUGCAGCAGCCAAUAAGAUCCCUUCAGGGUGUGUUGACCAGGUGACAGAGGUACGAGGGUUCAAUGACCCACAGAAGGAGGAGUACUUCAGGAAGAGAUUCAGUGAUGAGGACCUGGCCAGCAGAAUCAUCUCACACAUAAAGACAUCAAGGAGCCUCCACAUCAUGUGCCACAUUCCAGUCUUCUGUUGGAUUUCUGCAACAGUCCUUGAACACAUGCUGGAACAUAAGAGAGAAGAGAUGCCCAAGACUCUGACUGAGAUGUACACACACCUUGUGGUGUUUCAUACCAAACAGAAGAAUGAGAAGUAUCUUGGGAAAGAAGAGACAGAUCCACACUGGAAUAAAGAGAGCAUUCUGUCACUGGGAAAACUGGCUUUUCAACAGCUUGUGAAGGGCAAUCUGAUUUUCUAUGAAGAAGACCUGAAAGAGGCUGGCAUUGAUGUCAACGAAGCCUCGGUGUACUCAGGAUUGUGCACACAGCUCUUUAAAGAGCAAUGUGGGCUGUACCAGGACAAGGUGUACUGCUUUGUUCAUCUGAGCAUUCAGGAGUUUCUGGCUGCUGUAUAUGUGUUCCUCUCAUUCAUCAACAACAAUGAGAAUCUAAUGGAUGAACUGCAAACAAAACACGAGCCUGAAGUUGCUUUCUACAAGAGUGCUGUGGAUAAAGCCUUACAAAGUGAGACGGGAAACCUGGACCUUUUCCUCCGCUUCCUACUGGGCCUCUCACUGGAGUCCAAUCAGAAGCACUUACGAGGUCUACUGACAAAGACAAGAAGCAGCUCACAGAGUCAUGAAGAAACAGUCAAGUACAUCAAGAAGAAGAUCAGGGAGAAUCCCUCUCCAGAGAGGAGCAUCAAUCUGUUCCACUGUCUGAAUGAACUGAAUGACCAUUCUCUAGUGGAGGAGAUCCAAAGAUACCUGAGCUCAGGAAGUCUCUCAAAACCCAAACUGUCACCUGCACAGUGGUCAGCUCUGGUCUUUGUGUUGCUGACUUCAGAAAAGGAGCUGGAUGUGUUUGACCUGAAGAAAUACUCCAGAUCAGGGGAAGGUCUUCUGAGGCUGCUGCCAGUGGUCAAAGCCUCCAGAGCUUGUGUUGGUCAGAUGAUCUCUUUGGCUGUCAAACUCACAGACACAUCCUGUGAAGUGUUGGCCUCAGUUCUGAGUUCAAACCCCUCACACCUGAGAGAGCUGGAUCUGAGUAACAAUGACCUGAAGGAUUCAGGAGUGAAGCUGCUCUCUGCUGGACUGGGGAAUCCCCACUGUAAACUGGAGACUCUGAGGCUGUCAGGCUGUCUAGUCACAGAGGAAGGCUGUGCUUCUCUGGUCUCAGCUCUGAGGUCAAACCCCUCACACCUGAGAGAGCUGGACCUGAGCUACAAUCACCCAGGAGACUCAGGAGUCAGACUGCUCUCUGCUGGACUGGAGGAUCCACACUGCAGACUGGAGAAACUCAAUGUGGAACAUGGUGGAGAGAACAGAAUGAAACCUGGACUUAGAAAAUAUGUCUGUGAUCUCACACUGGACCCAAACACAGUAAACAGACACCUCUCUCUGUCUGAGGAGAACAGAAAGGUGACAUGGAGGACAGAGGAGCAGCCGUAUCCUGAUCACCCAGAGAGAUUUGAGGACUGGGGACAGGUGCUGUGUAGAGAGGGUCUGACUGGGCGCUGUUACUGGGAGGUAGAGUGGAAUGGGAUAAUGGGGGCUGGUAUAGGAGUGACAUAUAAAGGAAUCAGCAGGAGAGGAAGAGGAAGGGUUGAUGACUGUUGUCUUGGAUACAAUGACAAGUCCUGGAGUCUGUACUGCUCUGACAACAGUUACUCUGCCUGUCACAAUAAUAAUCCCACUACCAUAGACGUCCCCUCCUCCAGCUCCCACAGAGUAGGAGUGUAUCUGGACUGGCCAGCCGGCACUCUGUCCUUCUAUAGAGCCUCCUCUGACACACUGACCCACCUGAUCACAUUCACCUCCACAUUCACUGAGCCCCUCUAUCCAGGGUUUGGGGUUUAUAAUUUUGGCGACUCAGUGUCCCUAAAAUAAUAACACACUGAACGAUCACACACACUGGACAAAUACACACACACGCACUCUGGACACACACUAGACACACACACACUGGACACAAACACACACUAGACACACACACACUGGACACACACUAGACACACACACAAUGGACACACACUAGACACACACACUGGACACACACACACUGGACACACACUAGACACACACACAGUGGACACACAC